CCCCUAAAAUGCCUAUUACUCAUCAUGCCCCAGAAGUAAAAAAGCGUGUAUUUUGUUUCUCCUGUGUAAUUUUAUUACCAAGAUGAGUUUCUAAGUAACUAAUUUGUGCGUUUGCACACCAAGUGUGCCUGUAAAGUUCAUCAAAAUGUUUGCCAAGAUGGCGUCUCUCACGGACAUCCGCUCCCCUCGACCACAACCAUCAUCAUCCACGGAUUACGACCAACACCGAUCGCUCGCUACUGCUUUGAUUAAUCCUGCUUACACCAUCGACAACAAUGAGUGCGAGCAAGUGGAUAUGGCCGUCGGCUUCGGCCGACAACCUUCUUACUGAUAAGGAAUGUUCUAUGCUGCUCGAGGAGUUUGACAACGAUGAAGAUCUAUUCAAGACCAUCACAAGCGCUGCACCCAAGAGCGAGUCUUUCGGUUUCGGCGUCCAGGACGACUUUUCCACCUUGUACCCCCCCUCCCCGCCGGAGAUCAAGCCCAGCCAGGCCGAGCUCGCCAAGGACAUUCUGCAGCAGCUAGAAAAUGAAUGCAAACAAGAAAAUGUGCUGCCAAACUGGUUCGAGGAGAAAACCGAGCUUUCGUUCUUCGAGAGCAUCCCGCACAUCCCGGGCGCGGAGGCCGAGGUGCCCCUCGCGGGCCCCGGCGGCCCCAUCCCCGUCGGGCCGGUGGGCCCCUACGCCGCGCAGAUCGUGCCCCAGCCCACCGAGGAGCUGCUGCGCGAGUUCGAGACCGUGUACGGCGUGGUGAAGCUCACCCACCUCACGCCGCCGCAGUCCCCGCCCGGGCCAGCCACGCAGCUGCUGCUCAGCUACGCGCAGCAGGCGCAGGCGCCCCCCGCCGACCAGUGGCCCGUCGGCCUGCCCGCCGCGCCGCCAGUCGACUACGACGAAUCCCAGGCCCUGGAGGAGCUGGUCCGGAACCGCGCCGCUCAACUCGCCUCCCCGCACCCGUCGCCCCGCAGCUCUUCCCCCUCUCCCCGCUCGUCGCCCUCCUCCUCGCCGCGCUCGUCCACCGACGAGGAGUGGGGCGCCCCCUCCCGCCCGAAGCCCUACUCGCGCGCCCCCGACGACCGCCGCUCCCGUAAGAAGGAGCAGAACAAGAACGCCGCCACGCGCUACCGCCAGAAGAAGAAGGCGGAGAUCGAGGUGCUGCUGACGGAGGAGCAGGCGCUGUGCCGCCGCCACGCCGAGCUCGGCGACAAGUGCGCCGACCUGCAGCGCGAGAUCCGCUACCUGAAGGGCCUCAUGCGCGACCUGUUCAAGACCAAGGGCCUCAUAAAAUAGACGGACCGCGCGCCCCGCCGAGCGCGCCGCUCCAGCGAUACGUCCGCCACUGCGUCGACGCGCGGUCCCGUGAAUCUAUCUAGAGAAUCUUAGGGAGUAACUUCCACGAUUUUCGUCGUAAGCUAAGCUAAGGUUUAAGUUGUACUCCUAAGUCGUAUUGUUUGCAUCUUAACCCCGGUCUCUUGUCGAGCAGCAUGUCACAGUAGUCGAGGGGACCGUCAUUCCGUAAUAAUGCCCCGCAACACCCCGUAACACCAGGGUGGCGCUUUUAUCUUCAUCGUUUAAUCUUCUUAGAGUAUAGGUUGCAUUCGUUGUAUAGAAUCAUGAACGCCCCAAAUUACGAUCAGCACUUGUAUUAAGUUUAUCAAAUAUUUUAUAUUUUAACAUGUAUUUGUUUUACACUGUUCUGUUUUAUACAAUAAAGGAAUGCGACGGCGGAAA